AUGCUAAGCGGAGUGCACAAGAAGACUGUCGAUGGUAUCAACUUGCGAGGAGAUAUCAAUAUCUGUAUUGUUGGAGAUCCGUCCACUUCCAAGUCGCAAUUUUUGAAAUAUGUGUGUGGAUUUGCACCCAGAGCGGUUUACACUUCAGGAAAAGCGUCGAGUGCUGCCGGGCUCACCGCCGCAGUUGUGAAGGACGAGGAAAGCGGAGAAUACACCAUUGAGGCCGGAGCGCUCAUGUUGGCCGAUAACGGCAUCUGUGCCAUUGAUGAGUUUGACAAAAUGGAUAUCGGCGACCAGGUUGCGAUCCACGAGGCCAUGGAACAACAGACCAUUUCCAUCGCCAAGGCAGGAAUCCACGCUACGUUGAAUGCCCGAACUUCGAUUUUGGCAGCUGCAAAUCCGGUGGGAGGACGCUACAAUCGCAAAUUGGGAUUGCGGUCCAACUUGAAUAUGACGGCGCCGAUUAUGUCGAGAUUCGACUUGUUUUUUGUGAUUUUGGACGACUGUAACGAGCGAGUCGAUACCCAGUUGGCAUCUCAUAUAGUGGAUUUGCACAUGUUGCGUGACGAAGCCAUCGAUCCGCCGUUUUCGGCUGAGCAGCUCUCGAGGUAUAUCAAGUACGCCAGGACAUUCAAGCCAGUAAUGACGAAGGAAGCCCGUGAUUUCCUCGUGUCUCGGUACAAGGAAUUGCGGGCCGACGAUGCCCAAGGGUUGGGAAGAGCAUCGUACCGAAUCACAGUUCGUCAGUUGGAGUCGAUGGUGCGACUUUCCGAAGCUAUCGCUAGAGCCAAUUGCGCCGACGAAAUCACCCCCACGUUCGUUGCCGAGGCGUACGAUCUCUUGCGACAAAGUAUUAUUCGGGUGGAGAUGGAUGACAUUGAAAUUGACGAAAAUGACGAGAAUCCACAGGAUAUUCCAAUGGAGGAAGAAACCCACGAAUUUGAUUCUGGGGUUGCCGAUCCGGUCGCCGAUCCGGUCGCCGAUCCACCCCGGAAGAAAACCACCAUUUCCUACGACAGAUAUGUGUCCAUGAUGAACUUGCUUGUCAAGCGGGUUUCGGACGACGACCACAACGGCGGAGAGGGACUUACUGGCGACGAACUCACCAACUGGUAUUUGACCCAAAAAGAAGAAGACAUCCAAACCGAACAGGAAUACUAUGAGGAACGACGUAUGGCGUUCAAAGUGUUGAAGCGCCUCGUCAAAGACCGGAUCUUGAUGACCAUCACCAACCAGGCCGAAGACCGCGAAGCCGAGCCUCGGAGAACGGUGUAUAUUCUUCAUCCAAAUUGCGCCAUUUUGGACUUCUUUGACCAGACUCGCACGGAAGAAGCCGACCAGGAGGUCGACGAUUAG